CAUCAAUUUUUUGGUAUUCAAAGUCGAUGUCGAUUACUGGUAAGAGCCCCUUGUUACCGGAUGCAAAUGAAAAUCAUUUCAGUCAACCCUAUGACCUCAUGUUAUAAAAUACUGGCCCACUUUAUUCUAUUUGCUGUAGCGGCGGCAUUUCUCAUUUUUCACAUUCGUAGCGCAGUAAACCCUGAGCGGUAUCCAACUCAAAUUCAUUCAAAUCAUGAUGCCGAAGAAACCUGCUCGAAAAUAGUCAAACUUAGAGAUUUUGAAAGUUAUGAUUCGUCUGAACAUCAAGCGUUUUUUCUCGAAACUUCUGGAAAACCAUUUCUAGCAGGUCGACAAGCUUGCUCUGUGGAAUCAGCCGCACUCAAGUCCAAUCUAACGUUACACGUCAUUUUCAAAUCCGAAACUUUGGAUCUUUCCAAGAGCAAAAGCUUCUGCGAUAUUUACUUCAAGUACAAAAAUGUAAAUUACUACAGUGCAGACUUUGAAAAAGUGUUUUCUGGGACUCCAGUGGAAGGAAUUAAGAAGAGAAUUGACAAUGUGGUGGCCCAUGGAGUCUGUCAUUAUAGCGAUAUUGCCAGACUGGCUCUGCUAUACAAGUAUGGAGGAUUCUAUCUGGAUAUGGACAUCAUAAUUCUGAAGAGUUUGAGAGAAGUAAAGAAUGCGUACUCUAUAGAACAUGCAAAACCCAGAGUUCGAAGGUGGGCGGAAGUUGGCUUGUGUCUGAAGGAUGACUCAUCCACCCAGAGGUCACAUCAAAUUUUUAACGGAAACCUGCACUUGAGUGCCGGCCAUGAGCUUCCCUGGCGCAUACUAGAACACGUGAACAAAACAUACAACUCCUCUCGCAGCGAUAGACACAUGAUUGGGCCUGAAGUGAGCAGUGGGGUGAUCAAAGCCAUGUUCCACAUAAAGACAUUCUACAAUGAAUUCAUGCCCAGCCCCACAAAAAAUUCCAAAAGUAGUCUAUCCAUUCUUCCGGGCCAUGCAUUCCUUCCAGCAGACUACGAAGACGUGGGACCCCUGCUAUGGCCCUCCGAGCCCAAAACACCCCAACAAUGGGACACUUUGUUCAAUUGCAGCUACAUGGUCCACUACUAUUCCAACAAAUGGGGCAAAUUGAAGGCCUCUGGGAACCCCAAACGAGACUCUUACUCAUAUCUGGGACCAAAUUUCUGUCCAAAAGCUUUUCAACAUCUAGAUGAAUUCUAA